CUUGUUCUUCGUCUCUUCAAUCCUCUUCGUCACCUACGAGGUCCCGAACCGACCCACUGGCUUUGGGGAAUCAUGAGAGAGGUCCGCAAAGACGAUACAGUGCUUAUGAAGUGGUCGGAGGAGUAUGGAAGUACGUUCGGAGCUCGAGUCGUACUCGGUAACUACAAGGUCUACACUGUCGACCCGCGUGCGCUGUCACACAUUCUCAACCACACGGACAUAUAUCCCAAGCCGGAGUACCUGCAGAAUAUUCUUGCCUCCAUGGUCGGAGGGCGAGGCCUGCUCCUUGCUGAAGGAGAGGAACACAAGCGCCAGCGGCGAAUAAUGAAUCCCUCGUUCUCCCUCGGACAUAUUAAGGAAAUUAUGCCAAUCUUCUUUGACACCGCCCACCAGCUACGAGACAGCCUGAACAGCAUACUCGCGAAGGUAUCCGAAAGCGAGGGAACCGAGAUCGACAUGUUCAGUUGGGUGACUCGGGCGGCGCUCGAUGUCAUUGGUCAAGCUGGCUUCGGGUACAGGUUCAACGCGCUGCACGACGAAUCGAACGAGCUGUUCUGUGCAGUGCACGACAUGAUCGAAGCGGCGGGGAAGAGCCCGCUGCUUGGGAUACUCAUGGGCCGGUUCCAGCUUCUGCGUCAUCUUCCGCUGGAAUAUAACAGGAAGAUGACGGAGGCGAGAGCGACGACACGCAGGAUCGGGAUGGCACUCAUUAGGAAGGAGAAAGCGGCCGUGCAGCAGGAGAUGCAAGGCAAGCUUGAGAAAAGCAACGUCGGAAGGCGGGAUCUUCUGAGUGCUCUCAUCCGGGCGAACAUGUCCCCAGAAUUGGCACUACACCAGCGGAUGAGCGACGACGAGGUCCUCGCCCAGAUCUCAACGUUCAUCGUAGCGGGGCACGAGACCACCGCUUCCGGCCUGGCGUGGACACUGUACUCCCUCUCCCUCUCCCCUCGGGUGCAGGACAAGCUCCGCCUUGAAUUGCAGCAAGCGUCGGAGGAAGCGCCCUGCAUGGAGGAACUAAGCGCUCUUCCCUACCUGGACGCAGUGCUCAAGGAAUCGUUGCGCCUCUGGUGCCCCGUGCGGAGUACCGUGCGGGUAGCGACUCGGGCGGACCAGAUCCCCUUGAGUACCCCGCUAGUAGACCGCCAAGGGAGGAGACACGACUACGUGCAGGUGCAAGCUGGGGACGUCGUGGGCGUCGAGAGCGUGGUCGUGAACCAUGCCAAGGAGUUCUGGGGCGAGGACGCACAUGAGUUCAGGCCUGAGAGGUGGGAGGAAGGGCUGGAAAAGGUUAAGGAGAUCCCGGGUGUGUGGGCGCAUACGAUGGCCUUCCUUGGAGGGGCGAGAGCGUGUAUUGGUUACCGGUUUUCUGUCAUGGAGAUGAAAGCGAUCCUGUUUACGUUAAUUAGAGCUUUCGAAUUUGCACCUAUAGAAGGGCAGGAGAUCGGGAUGAAAGACGUAAUCGUGAUACGCCCAUUCGUGAAAGAGCAGAAGGAGAAGGGGAUCCAGCUGCCCCUGAGGGUGUGCAAGGUGCACAGAGCUGCGUGA